UCGCGAUACUUCCGUUUACGUUUCCAAUGGCAACGCAGAGCGGCUGGUUGCUGAAAGGAGCCUCGUAAACAGAGCAAAGCCUCUCCCGUGUCUUUCUGCGUCUAUAGGGGAUUAGAAACGACAGGUUAAUUUAAUAAAGCUCUGAUUUUAAAUGUAUAAUUGAAAUAAAAUGAAUUCCUCUGAGGUUAAUGUGGAAAAAAGGGCGGCUGGUAGAAGUUUACUGCAUAACUGGCUAGAAGAGAGGGCAACUGAAUUGCUGGACAGUAGUGACUCCAGAUCCCACAUUAACAGACAUGGACACAGAGGCAUCCUCACUCUGGACAUGACCUCCAAAACACAGGAUGAAACUACAGUAAAAGCUACCUUCACUGCACCUAAAGGCCCAGGGAUUCGACAGAAAGGAUUACGGGCUGAGCUGUUGGAGAAGAGCCUCAUCAAAAUGAUAAGUGAGCAGAUACAUGCCGAGCUCAAUCCAGAGCCUCCAGCCCCAGAGCUGAACUCCGUAACCAGAGCCGACUUUACAGCCGGGGGAUUCAAACCUGUCCGCCCAGCUCCAUCCAAGGAAUGUGAUUACAGAAGUGACCAAGCCAUCACAUACUGGAGUGAAAACCACCAGAAGAUCCAGGGAGUGACAGCAGUCAGAACCACUCAAAGUCCAUUUAAGAAGAACGCCAGCUUCAGCACACCAAUCAGUGAACGCUUGGAUGACCCCAUGGACUUCACCCUAUGAGAAUUAAUAGAAGGGAAACAAUUAAUCCUGUUGGAUGUGGUUCUUCCUUCUUGGUGGUAUGCUGACAUUACCCUGGAUAACGUGGCUCUUGAUGCAUCACAAAGACUUGCUGUCUUGGUCACAGAUGCGCCAGCAAGACGUGCACCAACAUUUUGUCCUCUUUUGAACUCUGGUAUGUCACACAAUGUUGUGUGCAUUGCAAUAUUUUGAGCAAAACUGUGCUCUUACCCUGCUAAUUGAAUCUUCACACUCUGCUCUUACUGGUGCAAUGUGAUAUUAAUGAAGAUUGGCCACCAGGCUGGACCAAUUUAGCCAUGAAACCUCCCACACUAAAAUAACAGGUGUUUCAGUUUCAUUGUCCAACCCCUGUAUAUACUCAGUGGAGCUGAUAAGAUGGAAGGUGAAUGUAGAAACUAGGAGGUGUUUUUAACAUGUGCUGUGUAUGAAUAAAUAUUUUUUGGAAUAAAAUUAAUCAGAGCAGCUCAUGCUGUGCUGUAAGACCUCAUGUCAUAAAGCAUUAAGAUUGUUUAGUCUUUAUAUAGUUAGCUUUUUAAAUGAGUAGGUACUCACAGUAAGUAAAGCGAUCUGAUUAACACAGUCUUAUGGAGUGUGGUUUUGAUGGCUUGGCUUGUGUGUUGAUAUCUUUUCUGUUUUGUCUGUGUGCAGCGUGCAUCUCCCAUAAAUCACUUAGUCACUUAGGCUAGACUUUUAAUGCUGGAUCUACAUUUACAGUUUCAUAAACAUGUUAAAACUGUUUUCCAUUACAGGCUGCAAAUGUUUAUAUGCCCUUGAUAAUUCUGUCUGUUUUAACUCACUUAAAAACCUUGUGGUUUAAAGCAAAUCAAAACAUAACAAACCCUUGGAAAUGCUAUAUAACCAGGCUAUUAAAAAAUGUGGAUUAAAAAAACAUACGGUUCCACCAUAUAUACUAAAUAAACUAUAUAAAAAAUA